AUGCCUUCGCCCGCCGCGGCCGCGGCGGCGCCUCUCCACCGCAUCGCAUGCGCGCGUCAGCGCCUCCCUCAAACCUCCCUCCUCUUCCUCCCACCCCGCGCGCUCCUCAAUUCCGGGCGCCUCGCCGUCCCGGCCCCGCUGCCCGUUCACGCGCUGAGGCUGCCUCCGACGGCGACGAGGGCUGCAAGCCACGACGCCGCCACGGGCGCGAGAUCGCCCACAUCUGGCGGCCAGAUGCUGGUGUUCGUCCCGCCGCACCCGCUGAUAAAGCAUUGGGUCUCCGUGCUGCGCAACGAACAGACACCCUGCGUCAUCUUCAAGAGUGCCAUGGCAGAGCUUGGUCGGCUGCUCAUAUACGAAGCAUCCAGAGAUUGGUUGCCUACAAUCACAGGAGAGAUUGAAACACCUAUAGCUGUAGCUAGCGUUGAAUUUAUUGAUCCAAGAGAACCUGUUCUGGUUAUUCCAAUACUGAGAGCUGGUCUUGCACUAGCUGAACUUGCUUCAUCAGUUCUGCCAGCCACCAAGACUUAUCACCUUGGCCUCCGUAGGGAUGAAGAAACACUUCAACCUUCAAUAUACCUGAACAACCUGCCAGACAAGAUUCCAGAGGGGACUCGUGUACUAGUUGUUGACCCAAUGCUGGCCACUGGUGGGACAAUGGUUGCUGCUAUUGACUUGUUAAUCGAGCGUGGAGUUACCAACAAGCAGAUUAAAGUUGUAUCUGCUGUUGCAUCACCUCCUGCACUGCAAAAGCUUAAUAACAAGUUCCCUGGGCUCCAUGUGUACACAGGAAUAAUUGAUCCGGAAGUAAAUGAGAAAGGUUUUAUAGUUCCAGGACUGGGGGAUGCUGGCGACAGAAGCUUUGCCACAUAA